CUGUACAGAUGGCUCUCUAUCCAGUUGAAGAGGUUGUAUUUGCUAAAGUGAAUGGCACUGCCCGGAUCUCUUGUUCAUUUGACAGUGAAUUUAAUAGCAUCACCAGGAUUAUCUGGUACAGAAAGACUUUUGCAUUGGGAGAAGCUCCAAAGACAGUUGUAACGUGCGCAGGCAACAAUAAUACACAUAAAUACCUAUGCGGCUCUGAUGCAAACAGAACGACACUAACGAUAUUUAAUGGGCAAAUAAAUGACUCAGGAAUAUAUUACUGUGCUUCAUACGAAUCCAUGGCUGGAAAGGGGACCCGUGUCAUUGUGGGAGAUAAUUCUACAUCAAAUACCACUGUCCAUCUCCUGGCUCCAUACAAAGUCCCUCUGGAUUCCCAACCCAUCCAUCUGACCUGCGUGGUUCGUACAUUGCACCAAAUAGUCCGUUUGAUUUGGAACAUUUCUGGGAACCAUCAUGAGGGCAAAGUGAUUGCUAUGGAACAUCCUGCAGGGACUUGGAACUUUAUUAAUCCCAUCACAGUUGACAGAACACAAUGGGACAAUGGGAAACUGACUUGUGAGGUUCACUUUAAUUCCUCUGUUAUCAGUGCUCACCUUAAUAUUGUCAGCAAAGAAAGCACAACAUUUGGCCACAGAUGUGCCGCAUCUCUAAUUCCAGUGUUGAUUGGCAUUCUCUUGUUACUUACAAUACUUUCCGGCCAUCUCUUGUGGAUUUUUAAACAACCAGGUCAAAAGAAAACUGAGCGAGAGACGUCUGUAAGCGACACUCAGGAUGGAAUUGUUUAUGCUGAGCUGAACAGGGGCUCACUGAAUCCACAUAGAACUGAAUGAAGACAUUUCUGGAAACUUUGGUUUUUGGACUGGAGCAAAUAUUUGUAUUUUCAUAACCGGAUCUCUGUCAGAGAACAUGGCAAAUUAUGGAGGGGAAAUAACAUGUUUUUUCCACAUAUAGAAUAUAUGAGGCCUAUGGGACAUUAAUUAUAUAUCCUUUCCAAUAUUUAUAAGCACUGCCAAUAUACUUCUGAUUUACUGAGCAAUUUAGUCGCACCGUGGGUGACUAAUCGGUCUGAAGCGCCUUUCCAUCUGCACCAAAGGCAAUUGCCGGCGGAAAGGCCAAUGCAUCUCUUUGGUUUUCCAAAGCUGAAGGCAGGAGCCUUAGGGGCACAUUUACUAACCCACGA